AUGUUAGUGGUGGGAUUAACAGGUGGAAUUGCUUGUGGUAAAAGCACGGUGUCGAGGAGAUUGAGAGACAAGUAUAAAUUACCUAUUGUUGAUGCGGACAAGAUUGCUAGGCAAGUAGUGGAGCCAGGCCAAAACGCAUAUGAUCAAAUUGUGGCAUACUUUGACGACAAAAUACCCGAUUUACUAUUAGAAGAUGGAAAUUUAAAUCGUGGGGCCCUUGGCAAGUGGGUUUUCAGCCAUAAAGACGACUUAAAAGCCCUAAACGGAAUAACGCAUCCUGCGAUAAGGUAUGCUAUGUUCAAGGAAAUUGGCUACUACUAUUUGAAGGGAUACAGAAUGUGUGUGUUGGAUGUACCGCUUCUGUUUGAAGGAAAUCUGGAUUCAAUAUGUGGAGUUACUAUAAGCGUAGUUUGCGGAUCCCAAUUGCAACUAGAAAGAUUAAUGAUAAGGAAUCCUGAGCUCAGUGAAGAAGAUGCGAAAAAUAGGCUCGAUAGCCAAAUGAGUACUGAGGAAAAAAAGAAGAAGUCAGAUUAUAUCUUGCAAAAUGACGGCACAUUGAUUGAUUUAUACGAACAAAUUGAAAGCGUCAUAAAAAAAAUUCAACCAAGUAAAUUAAGAACUGUUCUGGAGUAUUUUCCACCUUUUGGUGUCGUAAGUGCCAGUAGUAUCGUUAUGUCGAGGUUACUGAUGAAGAAACUUCAAAAUAAGAAGUCUUCAGCCGUAUAG